AGUGCCCGGAGGGGACGUUCGGGGCGGGCUGCCGGGGGUCCUGCCCCUGUGGGGGAGCACCCUGCGACCGGAGCUCGGGGCAGUGCCUCUGCCCCCCCGGCCGGACCGGACACGACUGUGGUCAAGCUUGCCCUGAUGGCCUCUGGGGACUGGGCUGCCAGGAGAUCUGUCCUGAGUGUGCCAACAACGCCAGCUGCCACCCGGCCACCGGGACCUGCCUGUGUCCCCCCGGCUACACGGGCUCCCGCUGCCAGGAUGUGUGUCCCCCCGGCUGGUUUGGCCCCGAUUGCCAGCUGAGCUGCAGCUGUGGGAACGACGGGCAUUGCCAUCCUGUGACGGGGACGUGCAGCUGCCCCCCGGGCUGGACGGGCUACAACUGCCAGAGAGCGUGCCAGGAGAGCCGCUACGGCCAGGACUGCAGCCAGACCUGCAACUGCUUCAAUAAUGCCACUUGCCACCACGUCAGCGGGCAGUGUCUCUGCGCGGCCGGCUGGACGGGACCCACGUGCCAAGAAGCGUGCCCGGUGGGUUUCUACGGGAGGAGCUGCCACCAGCGCUGCCUCUGCCAAAACGGUGGCACGUGUGACCCCGCCACGGGGCUCUGCGCUUGCCCCGAGGGCUGGACGGGGCUGGCCUGCGAGCUGGAGUGCCCACAGGGCCAGCACGGGGCCGGCUGCCGGCAGCGCUGCCAGUGCCAGCACGGGGGGCUCUGCGACCACCGGACGGGCCACUGCCUCUGCCAGCCCGGCUGGACCGGCCACGAGUGCCAGAGCCCUUGUCCGGAGGGGCUGUUUGGGGCACGCUGUGAAGAGCACUGUGACUGUGGGGACAAUGUCUCCUGCCAUCACGUCACUGGCGUUUGCGAUUGUCCCCGUGGCUGGAGGGGCCGGCGCUGUGAGAAAGCCUGCCUGCCGGGUUUCUUCGGGAAGAGCUGUGCCAGCCGCUGUGCCUGUCCCCGGGGAGUGCCUUGCCAUCACGUCACGGGCCGGUGCGGCUGCCCGCCGGGCUUCACGGGCUCUGGAUGUGAAAAACCCUGCCUGCCCGGGACCUUUGGGGAGGGCUGUGAGCAGAUCUGCCAGUGUGCUGGAGCCACCCAGGAGUGCCACCCGGUCACAGGGGCCUGCAUCUGUGCCCCCGGCUUCCACGGACCCACCUGCCAGCUGGAGUGCUCCCCUGGGUGGUACGGCCACAACUGUGAGAGACCCUGCAAGUGCAAGAACGGGGGCCAGUGUGACAUUGCCACGGGGAUGUGCCACUGCCCCCCCGGCUACAUCGGUGCCGACUGCGGCGUGGGAUGUCCCGCUGGUCGUUACGGCAGGGACUGUGCAGGGCUGUGCUCCUGUGGGGACAAUGCUACCUGUCACCCUGUCACCGGAGACUGCGUUUGCCCACCGGGAAGAACUGGUCCCUCCUGUGAGCGAGGCUGUGAGGAGCACCACUAUGGUUUGGGGUGCCAGCAGACCUGCUCCUGCCUCAACGGGGGGCUGUGUGAUGCAGCUGAUGGCUCCUGCUCGUGUGCGCUCGGGUGGACGGGGAAAUCCUGCGAAUUAGAAUGCCCGCCGGGAAGGUACGGUGCCAACUGCCAGCUCCACUGCUCCUGCCAGCACAAUGCCACCUGCGACCCGGGGACAGGAGCCUGCCGCUGCCCCGCCGGCCACUACGGGCCCCUCUGCGAGCACAUGUGUGCCUACAGGAACUGCAGUGAAAAAGAGCCAUGUCACCUUCUUGGGCUAACUCAUCCUCUCUCCUGUGUUUGCAUCACCGAAGCUUGUCCGGAGGGGCUGUUUGGGGCACGCUGUGAAGAGCACUGUGACUGUGGGGACAAUGUCUCCUGCCAUCACGUCACUGGCGUUUGCGAUUGUCCCCGUGGCUGGAGGGGCCGGCGCUGUGAGAAAGCCUGCCUGCCGGGUUUCUUCGGGAAGAGCUGUGCCAGCCGCUGUGCCUGUCCCCGGGGAGUGCCUUGCCAUCACGUCACGGGCCGGUGCGGCUGCCCGCCGGGCUUCACGGGCUCUGGAUGUGAAAAACCCUGCCUGCCCGGGACCUUUGGGGAGGGCUGUGAGCAGAUCUGCCAGUGUGCUGGAGCCACCCAGGAGUGCCACCCGGUCACGGGGGCCUGCAUCUGUGCCCCCGGCUUCCACGGACCCACCUGCCAGCUGGAGUGCUCCCCUGGGUGGUACGGCCACAACUGUGAGAGACCCUGCAAGUGCAAGAACGGGGGCCAGUGUGACAUUGCCACGGGGAUGUGCCACUGCCCCCCCGGCUACAUCGGUGCCGACUGCGGCGUGGGAUGUCCCACUGGUCGCUACGGCAGGGACUGUGCAGGGCUGUGCUCCUGUGGGGACAAUGCUACCUGUCACCCCGUCACCGGAGACUGCGUUUGCCCACCGGGAAGAACUGGUCCCUCCUGUGAGCGAGGCUGUGAGGAGCACCACUAUGGUUUGGGGUGCCAGCAGACCUGCUCCUGCCUCAACGGGGGGCUGUGUGAUGCAGCUGAUGGCUCCUGCUCGUGUGCGCUCGGGUGGACGGGGAAAUCCUGCGAAUUAGAAUGCCCGCCGGGAAGGUACGGUGCCAACUGCCAGCUCCACUGCUCCUGCCAGCACAAUGCCACCUGCGACCCGGGGACAGGAGCCUGCCGCUGCCCCGCCGGCCACUACGGGCCCCUCUGCGAGCACAGUUGUCCCCCGGGAUUCCACGGAGCUGGCUGCCGGCAGCGCUGUGACUGUGAGCAUGGAGCAGGCUGUGACCCAGCCACGGGCCGCUGUCGGUGUCCCCCCGGGAUGGGCGGCGAGCGCUGCCAGACAGGCUGCCCGGAGGGGACGUACGGCGAGGGGUGCCAGCAGCUCUGCCAUUGCGCCGGCAGCGCGUCCUGCCACCCGGCCACGGGACACUGCCUCUGUCCCCCGGGGAAAACCGGCCCCGAGUGCGGGUCAGACUGCCGGCCGACCCAGUACGGCCCCAACUGCAGCCUGACCUGCCAGUGUGCCCCCAGCACCUCCUACUGCAACGCCCGGAAUGGCCAGUGCCUCUGCCUGAAUGGCUACACGGGCCCCACGUGUCGGGAAGCCCUGCAGCCCCCGGCGCCCACCGCGUCCCCCCAACCCCAGGGGGUCAAGCACUAGGUCCUGCAGCUGCCGGGAGCGCUCCCUCGGUGUCCCCAAGCAGCCACCUGAAGAAGAAGAAGACAACCACCUACUUAACGAACUUGUUUACAAGCCACAG